AUGCUGCCCCUACUAGAUUACAUCGCCAAGCAGCGAGACGAAUUUUUCCUUGCUCUUCACAACCAAACCCUGUCGAAGUUGGGUGCACUAGAGGACAAGCUGCAGAGGAUGCAGAUCAAAAUGGAGGAAUCUAUCCAGGAUGGAGCUCUGAGUGAUUUAAAAGAGAGAGUGGACGGUAUGGAGGUCAAACAGGUGGAUGCACAGAAGUCAAAUGCAGCCCAAUUAGAGGUGCAGAUCAAUUUGGAAAAGAACCAAAAAGAUCUGCUGGCUGCCUUUAAGAAUUAUAUACCGCAAGACUUCGCAGAAAGGCUGGGCAAGAUUGAGGCGCUGGAGGCGAAGGCGGGCGACCAAUUGGCAGCCGUACAGAGAAACCUAGUCAUAGCCAAAAUUCCAGGGGAGGGUAUAUAUAAUCCGAAGUUCGAACUGAUCGGGUCAAGGAAAAUCUACAUUGAGAGGUAUUUUAAAGCGGAUUGGUCCAACGCCUCAAGAGUUUGUCGUACAAUGGGUGGAUCUUUGGCCACUUUUAAAAACCAGGAGGAACUCGAAGCCGUUGGAGCUGAACUGACAACGGGAUUAAACUAUUGGCUGGGCAUCACCGACCACGAAGUGAAGGGCACCUACUUGCAUGAUGGCUCAGGGAAUACUGUCGAGUUCUUCAACUGGAAGUCUGGACAACCAAAUAACUACGAUGGCAAAGAAGACUGUGUGGAGAUAAUUUCCGGCGAAAUGAACGAUACCAACUGUGCCCAGUUUAACUUUUUCAUUUGCCAGGCAGACGAUGUUUAAUUGGAAAUUGAUAUUACUGAAAUAAAAUUAAACGGAGGUA